GUUCGAGCCCCGUUACCGCGGACCCUUCGAAGUCAUCGAACGCAUAGGAACCGUCGCUUACCGUCUCGCUCUGCCUCCCACUUAUGAAUGCCAUGACGUUUUCCACGUUUCGCAGCUAGUUCCCCACCGCCCCCGCCCUCCCGCUUUGGUUCCCUCGGCAGCCGACGCUGCCUGGCCUCCUAUCCACAAUGCAGCAGGAAUUCCCACAGCGGAAUACGAAGUCGACUAUAUUAUGGAUCAACGCGGCUCUGGAGAUGCAGCACAGUACCUCGUGAAGUGGCGCGGAGCCCCUGAAGAUCACGCCACAUGGGAGCCCGCACAUCACCUUACUGGCUGCCCGGCUUUGCUUCGCGCUUGGCGCCGCUGCCAACGAAGACGUCUUCAGGCUCGAAACAACUUGGGUCCUCCCGAAGCGUAG